GUGGCGUAGAAGAAAAAAGGAAAUUUCUUACUUACUACUGCCUGCUCACACGUAGUCUGCUGCGUUGCUGGAAUUUGUUAGAAAAAGAAAAAAACAAUAAUAAACGCGAAAUAUUUGUACACAAACCGCUAAAAACAAGAUAGAAGAUUUAAUCUUCUUCAUUCGCUCCGAUGAUGGACGAUCUUACAAAGAAUAUCAUAUUUACUACAAAUACAAUAAAUGCCAAUGGCCAGCCGACUACAAUACAGUAUCAAACAGCUGAUGGCACAAUAUUGAAGCAACCAAAAAUAGAAGGACAGAAGGCAGAGCAGCCAACAUUUUAUUACACCACUACUAAUGGAGGCCCUGCAACCACCGUAAAUCUGGCCCAACUAACCACCGACGACAACAAAACAUGUUACAUUGCCCAGCCUGUUGGUGGCUAUAACUACGCGCUGGUGAAUGGUAUGCAGCUUAAUCAAGGCGGUACCAUCGGCAUAGCCACUUUGGAUGCACAAGGACGUUUGCAGAUAGUCAAUCAAAAUAAACCCAUUGCUGCUUCUUUGCAGACCAUUUCACCUAUUCAGAACACCAUAUCCAAUAUCAGUUUCAAAUGUGAUGUGUGCGGUUUAAUGUUUUCACACUUGGCAUUGUUGAAUCACCAUAAACGUAUACAUACGCAGGAUGGUAGUGAUCAGCAACAGCAGCAACAAACGCAACCAGAAACGAUAGUUGUGAACGCACAGGGAUUAGUGCAGGCGCAAAAUAUAAUAACAGAAAAUGGGCAAAUGGGACAGAUACAAAUUGUGGCGACCGAAGCGUUGGAGCCCGCCACAACCGUCUUACAGCAGCAGCAACAACAACAACAACAGCAUAAUAAUACUGUUACCAAUGUUACAGCACAGAAUUCAGGUGGUGAAGUAGCGGUGAGUUCUGGAAGCAUCGCGGGUUUAAAAUCGGUGAAGCUCACACAAUCCAAAUGUAUUACAUGUGGCAAUCAAAUGUUACAACCUGCUAAACGCAAAGGUCCCAAGUUGGUGCGUUGUGAGGAUUGUAUACGUUCAGACCAAGAGAUCUCCACACAACAAGGAAUCGCACCCACACAAAUAUUCGUUGCACAAGAUGGUGAGAUAAAAUGCGAAAUAAAUGAAUUUGUAGGCGGCGGUAGUACGGACUCUUCCCCAAUGGAUUCGCUCACAUCGCAAAGUGGUAUGUUGACGCAUCAUCAGUUACAUCCAGUGCAGGUUGUGUCGGGGAGUCCAGAGUCUCAACAAAGCUCCCAACAACCAAAUAUAGCGCCGAAGCAAGAGCAAACAAGUGGCCAAUCUACUGCGGUCAGUAAUCACCCAGUGAAGAAACGGAAUCAACAACAGGUGACAAAGUGUCAAAAGUGCAAUGGAUCUGGUGUAGUGUUUGUGGGUACAGGUACGCCGGCGACUAAGCAGCAGGCUGUUAAUGCAAAAACAGAAAAUCCCAAACCAUUCACAUGCAACAUUUGCGGAGGCACAUUUUCACGUUAUUCGAGUUUGUGGUCACACAAGAAAUUACAUAGCGGAGAAAAGAAUUAUAAGUGCACCAUUUGCGGAUUGGCUUUUGCUAAAGCCGUGUAUUUGAAAAAUCACGCAAGGAUACACACCGGCGAAAAGCCGUACAAAUGUCAAACCUGCGGCAUGCAGUUUUCACAAUCACCACAUCUCAAGAAUCACGAACGUACGCACAGUGGCGAAAGGCCAUACGUGUGUGAAGUGUGCGACAAAGGCUUCGCGCGCCAUGCUACACUGUGGAAUCAUCGGCGCAUACACACGGGUGAGAAACCGUACAAGUGUGAAAUUUGCGGCUCGGCAUUUUCACAGGCGGCACAUUUGAAAAAUCACGCCAAGGUGCAUUCCGGCGAGAAACCAUUCCGUUGCGACAUCUGUUCGGCGGCGUUUGCUGACCGAUUUGCGUUAAAGCGGCAUAGAGGCAUUCAUCUUAAAUAUGGACAAACUGCACCGCGGCAACCAACGCAAUCACAACAGCAACAGUCCACAGAUGGCCAAACUGUAAUGAUACACAAACAGGAAAUGCCCGAAAUGGAGGAUGACGCGCAACAUGAAGUUAUCAUAUCAGGCUUAUAGACAAAAGCGGCAACAGCAACAGUUGCCACAAACGCAAUUAUUGCUGCGCAGAGGUAUCAAUUACAUACGAGCAUUACUUCAACAACCCCUACACUUACGGCGACAACGACGGCGAAUACGACGCUGACAGCAGGACAUCAACAGCAAUCACCACCAAACAUGCAGCAACAAACAACAAUUACACUACCACCAACAGCACAACAGCAGCAACAAAGCGCAGUGGGUGGUGCUGCUACUAUAACAACAAAUAGCAAUAGCCAGCAACAUCACAUAACGCAACUUCAGCAACCACAACAGUCAAAUAUGAGGCAGCAACAUUAUAAUACUACUUAUUUGCAUGAUACCAGCAGUACCGCUGCUGGUACAACUACAGCCGCACGUCCGCCAUUGCAAACUGUGAGCUACUAUUAUCAGCAACAUACAGCUACGGGCGAAAUAAUUGUGGCUGCAACACCUGCAACUAUUACGUCGACGGCUGCGGGAAGUGGUUACCCACACGCAUAGUGGAUGCGCAAGUAGCAGCAGUAGCAGUGAAAGGCAAUUGAAAGCUAUGGCAGUUAUUUUUGUGUAUAGUGAUUUGUGUUGUGGUUUUAAUGCACGCCGGGUUAAGAGCACACAAGAGCUUAUUGCGUUUGUUUGAAGUAAAACGUAACAUUACUUAUUCUAAUUUUGUGCCUAAAAAAAUUUUUUUCUGGCAAAUUAACUUGAACUAAUUUUUUGUGCAAACAGUUGACCGAAAAUCUAUUAUUAGUAAUUUGUUGUCACUUAGUACACUAAAGGAAAUUCCUUGAUUAACGAUUUACUUUUUUGGUGCUGGCAUAUAAAAUAUAAAUUUGGUUUUCAAAAGAAAUAGUUAUCAAUGUUUUGUUUGUUGAAACAUAUUUAUCUAAAAAUUGUAUACUACUACUUUCAUUUGCCGACAAGAAUUGAAUACUUUGCCAGUUUAAAAGUUUGGAAUAAGUUACAUUUCGACCCAACUAUGUUUACUUCACCUCAGCCAAUAAUAUAAAUGUAUGUAAUUUUACUUACUGCUCAGAAAUUCUUGCGACAAAUGGGCGUCAUUUGAAUAACGACGUCGCAUUACAAUUAGUUGACUAUUAAGAUAAUUACCGACUUAUUUUAAUUAUUUCUAAUUUAAGUGUAUACAUUAAUAUAAUUAUAUGCAUAUAUAUUAAUAAUAUAAAUAAAUAAAUUUUUUAAAGAGUAAA